AUGGAGUAUCCUCCAAAUUGGGAGAAUAUGGAUCUUCUCGAUAAACUCCACGCGGUCGAGAAAGCGGAGGAAAAACGAACUGGGGAGCCACGAACUCGCGAGAGAAAGAGCUGGAUUGAAGAUUGGGAUAAUGACAAUGAUUUCGUGAUUGACAAUGAGGAUCUCACUUUCCCAAGUAAUUCUACUACAAAUACACAGUCCCAUCACCGUGAUAGCCUCUCUUCCUUCCGCUCCGACCGAGAGUCUCUACCUGGAAACGACGAAAGGCAGUUGCAUUUACCCGGAAACGAUGAGAAAUCAACCAUGGAUGCGAUUGCUGCGGCUGCUCAUGCGGGAAUUCCGAUACCUUCGAACGUCCCGCCGUCUGCUUUGAUGGGCGGCACUAUUAAGCGGCUCGGAGGAGGAAGAAAAACAAAAAAGAUUUUUCAGGAGGAUUAUGAUGAUGAUCUGGAGCUUCUUGUUACUGGCCCGCUCCGUUUAAAGCCCCAGGACGGCAAAGCGUAUCCCGAGUCCUUGAGACAACUAAGCAUGUCGAGCCCCACGAAACAGCAAGCUCCUAUCACUGUCCAGGAGCCACAUGGGCGGAUCUUGCCAAAGACCUUAGCAGCACCUAUCAAUUUGGAAAAGUUUCGAGACCAAGAUGACGAUGAGGAUGAUAUUUUGGAUGGAACUGCAACCAUCAGAGCAUCAAAGCUUCGUCCUAUAUCAUUGAUAACCCCACCUACACCUUCACCUCAGAAGAAGCGAGGUGAUGACGAUAUUGAAGGAGAUUUAGAGCUGCCAACAGAUGGGCUGUUGAAGCUUUCCAGAAGGAUGGAUAUCCCUAAGACGCCGGCAUUAAAUACAAACGACGACUUCGACUGGGGAGAAGGGAGCAUAGGAACUCGAUUUGGCGGUACAAAGCGAGAUGCCUUCUCAACCCGUAGCUCAUCGGUGUCGGCCCUCAGUCCAAGUCUUGCUAGUUCUAUCACGGCCGAGAGUGAAGACGAAAUUUUCGAUGGCCUACUUUUGCCAAACGGUCCUUUGGACCUAAACGAACGACUAAAACGACGCAAGCAGGAUCAGUUCCCGGGGGCACAGCCCGAGCAUUCCAUUUUGGAAAAGCCAACUUCGUUGCCUAAAAACACAAUUAAACCCGCGGCAGACAAUGAAGACCUCUUGGAUGGCCUUGACUUUGGUGAUGGAGAUGUGCUGCGCUCCGACAAGUCCACGCUCCAUCGCAACGUCAAGGUCAAAGAAGCUCGACCAGCCAGUCCUACACGGCCAAAAACAUCGGUCUCCGUAACCUUCACUAAUAAGCCUAUUUCGUCAACACCCAUUUCCCGUCUCCCUCGACCUAUGGGUGGUCAUGAUCGUGCACAGACUCAGCCUUCGCUUGAGCCGGUAUCCGAAAGCGGUGGUCCUAUAUUGCCAAGACCCUCUCGUAGAUCUCAAUCGCGCCUUGGUCACUCCUCGCAAUCUUCUGUGUCAAGCAUUCACACGCCUACUACGCCCUCUUCAGUGCAAUCUGGUCAAUUUCCUACACCUCGAAGAAAAGAGCUCAGUCAGAAGGCUUCAACUAACGGCUUGCGUAACGAGCCCACUACGACGAGCGCACAGCUACUUAGACUAAAGCGCUCAUUACCAGCUCUGCGUCAUGCUCCUACACCAAUGAAGUCUGCGUCUUCGCGGGUUGAUCGUCCACCCUCACGCACCGAUUCACGCGUUGAUGCUAGAUCCCAGUCCUUCCUACGACCGAAGACUCCAGUUGACCGCGCUCGCCCCAUCUAUGAAAGCAGUGCAGCGCAGGCAAGGAGAAACCCUUUCCUGCCCGCUGGUGCAUCUCACUCCCAGUCCCAGCACGUAAGUGCCAAGAGUACGCAAGGUACACGGCCAUUUCGACGUCACGAUUCUGAUCACGGCCCUGAAAUUCGACCCUUAUCUCGCACCUUCUCUCGAACCGCGAUUAGAUCGCCGAGCCCAAGAAGGGCACGUAAUGAGAAGAUGUCAACCGAACCUAUAUGGCAGCAGAUCAGCAAGCCGAGACGGGUACGCCGCUUCGGCGAUGGCCACGAACUUGACUCGUUUGACGAUCUUCCGACCUCGGCACAGGCCGAAUCCAAGUUCGUUAAGCAGCCAGUUGCGUGCGGUAAUAGGACGAAUAUCCGAAACAAGAUCUACCAGAACGUGCUGCCAGAGCGGCAUACGCCAAGUCCCGUAUCUCCUUUCAUGCCAGGAAAACCCGACUCCUUACCUCACUUUGCUCGAGACACAACUGCCAGCCGCAUCGCCAGGGAGACAAUUUUGGCACAGCGAGCACCUGCCUCGGGGCCAUUUGCACCUGUUACUAACCAGAGAGUUGCCCAACUGUCUUCCAGGGGAAGUUUUGGGCUACAUAGCUACAACACACCUAGGGCCAAGAGGCCUCAAAAGACGCAACAGCUAAAGCCGCACUUAAUUUCCAACCUAAACUCUGCGAAGGAAACCAAAGUUGUUAACGGCAUGACAUACAACCCAUCAACAUUCCGCUGGGAGGGCAACGACAAUGCGCUCAGUGCUUUUGAUGCUCCCGCCCCGUCACCCACAACGUCUCUACCGCCACAUGUAACGCGCGAUAGAGAGGGCUCUACUUCGAGACCUGUACUUAUUACUAACAUGACUGCCACUAAAGGUGUUAAGCGGGUUGGUGACAUGAUUUUCGAUCCGCAGAAUAUGUGCUGGCUAAAGGCGGACGUAACCCCUUCUGCGUCUAAUGACCCCAUGGGAGGCUUUAAUGCAAUGGACGACGAUGAUCCUUUCAAGGAUAUUCCUGACCUUGAUGACAAGGAUAAAGACUCCGUGAGCCACGGCCGAGGGAGCGACCUUAGGGAUGAUUGGCUAGUGGGUGAAGAAUUCGACGUCGGUCCAGAGUUUAUUAGGCGUCAACACGAAGAGGAGUCACGAUGGCGCCGAAAGUGUGGUCCUUGGAGCAACCCUGGUAAUCGGAGCCGGGUUGACUUGCGAUGGGCGCUAAGAAAGAUGAUCAUGGAGCAGUAA